UUUUAUAUCCAUCGCCUAUAUAAUUAUUCUAUGAUAUUUUCUAAAUAUAGCUCAUAGACAUAUUUUCUUUAAAUAUUCAUAAAUAUUUAAAAUUAUUUCUCUAAUGGAGGAAUUCGGAAUUUUUAACGGUUCCACAUCAAUGCGCGGAAUAUUCGGCGCGGCGACAAUUCAGCGCAGCGUCAAAUCAGCGCAUCUACAAUUCAGCGAAGCGUCAAUUCGGCAACGAAUUGGAUUGGGAAAAUUCUUCGUAAUAGAAAAAGACAACCACCAAGGUUUUCAAUUCCCCUAUGGAAUCAAUAUGCUGUUACAUUGGAGGGAAUCCCCAAAAACAAAUAAUGCAGUUGAAGGUUGGCAUAGAGCAUUCUCAGCUCUGCUAUCAUCGCACCCUCUCUAUCUGGAAAUUUUUAGAUGCUCAACGGUUAGAACAAUCGUUAACCAAAGCAAAAAUUGAACAAUGUAUUUCUGGUACGCAACCCCCAAGAUCAAGAAAGAGGUAUCGAGAUACGGCUGAAAAUAUUAUAUUAAUUGUAUCUGACUCUGUAAAUUGCACGAUUAAUGAUUAUUUAAGGGGGAUCAAUU